AUGUAUUAUACGUCAAUCGCUGGCCUGGCGCUCCUCGCCCCUUAUGCCUUGAGUGCGGGUAUCUUGCGCUUCGGAUGCAGCCAAAUCACUGUUGAACGACUUGACCCAGCCAGGAGCGAAUCCAAGUUCACAUCUUCAUCAGGUACAUAUCAUAAAAUACCAAACCAAGCUCAGGGGAAAGCAAUACUAACCAGUUAUCAGGUCGUUGGAGGGGAUGCGUUCAAAGCUACCAUAGAGAAUACCGAUGUUUCCAAGCUUGCCGGCUGCACCACUUGCAGCUUUAGCGAAGACCUGUCGAACUACUGGACAGCGAACCUGUUUUUCCGGGCUCGAAAUGGAACAUACAAACGUGUGCCUCAAAUGCCUAACCGAUUUCUGGAUGGGUCGAUUGGUGGUGUGACUGUCUAUUACUUUCCACAGGACCUUCGAAGCAAAGUGACAGCAUUCAAACCCGGCUUUCGUAUGCUAGUUGGAGACGCCACAUUGCGAAGCGGAGAGGGACAGUCACCGAGAAACUGUUAUCGUUGCUUCACGGGCGCAAACUUCGAAGGCGACAAUGCGGCACCAUGUGCAGACCCGGUUCUGGACACCCCUGGAUUUCCAUCGACGCCUUGUCCUGGAGGUAUUCGGUCUAACAUUCAUUUUCCAACUUGCUGGGAUGGGGAAAAUCUAGAUACACCCAACCAUAAGGAUCAUGUAACCUUUCCAACGGGUAGCGCGUACACGUGUCCGUCUACGCAUCCGGUCAAGAUCCCUCAAGUCAUGUUGGAAGUUGUUUGGGAUACACGCGAGUUCAAUAGUAUAGACGACUGGCCCGAGGAUGGUUCUCAACCUUUCUUCUUAAGCACUGGAGAUCCAACUGGCCAUAGUCAGCAUGGUGAUUACGUGUUUGGUUGGAAAGACGACGCAUUGCAGAGAGCCAUGGACUCAAAUGACUGUUUUGCUGCCAAUUGCACUACAUUAGUGACUCAAUCCUUCGACGUUGCUAAUAAAUGUGCCAUUCAGCGGACAGUUGAUGAACCGGUUGAUGGAUUGCCGAGUCUGGAUAAACGCCUCGAGGCUUCAGUCUCCAAGAACAGCUCUAAAACGGUCGCUGCUCGUCCUCUGAAAUCGAGGGCUUCGAUGAACAAUUUGUAUAGGAAACCAUCUCUUCCAUCUCUAGACAAACCAGCAUCUCCUGCACCCCCGAGCCCUGCCCGCAAAGCCUCUCUUGCUUCCGCCAAAUCAUCUAGCACAUCUGGGGAUGGUCGCAACUUAUCAAGUGCUUCUACUGCUUCUACGGCACUGACGGUGGACUCUAUUGAGGAAGCACCCACGUCCACUGCUCGAAAGUCGUCUGCCGCAUUGCGAGAUCAGAUUGCCAAGGCCAAAGCAGCGAAGCGUGCUGCGAGUCGACAAGUGUCGGUAAUAAAUGUUCCCGAGGCUGAGGAAGCACCCGUUAUCCCUACGGAUACUACAUUUGAUUUCGGCCUGUCUGAUGACCCUUUCGGUCAACGUCAAUUUGAGAGCGCAAACCGCAAAGUUAUGCAAUCGCGAAUUGAUACUGCUAGGACAACAGGAAGGCUUAAUAUUGCAGCUAUGGGUCUCAAAGAGAUCCCAACAGAAGUCUUGAAAAUGUACGAUUUAGACUCCGUGGGUCGUCCUGGUAGUUCUUGGGCAGAGAGCGUAGAUCUAACUAGAUUUGUGGCUGCCGACAACGAGCUAGAGACGAUUGAUGAUGCAAUCUUCCCAGACACCGACCCCAGUGACUUCGCAGAUGAAGAAAACAGUGAAGGACAUUUAUUUGGGGGUUUAGAGUCAUUGGAUUUACAUGGAAAUAUGUUAAUAGCUUUGCCUAUGGGCCUAAGACGUCUUCAGUUGCUAACGUCUUUGAACCUGGCAUCUAAUAAGCUCACCAACAAUUGUCUCGAAAUAAUCUCACAGCUAACUAACGUUCGAGACCUAAAGCUCGGCAAUAACCUUUUGUAUGGUCGCAUGGAAGGUGAUUAUUUGGCCAAUUUGCAGAACCUUGAAAUUCUUGAUCUUCACGGAAAUAAUAUUUCUUCUCUUCCGGAUAGUGUCGACAAGAUGGUGCGCCUUCGUAUGCUAAAUCUAAACGAGAACGCCUUCGAGGCUUUGCCAUUUGAAAGCCUCUCAAAGCUCCCCCUCACUGAACUAUUGGUUCGCAAGAAUAAGCUCUCCGGGACGCUCAUCGGCCCCGGUGUAGAGGGCUUUCCGCAACUUCAAAUCCUCGACGUGACGGCUAAUCAAAUAAAAAUGAUAACACAUGACGAUCAGCCUCUGAACUUGCCGUCUCUGCAUCAAUUUACGGUGUCUAUAAAUCGUAUCUCAUCGCUUCCCGAUAUGAGCUCGUGGACUAGUCUCCUCACGCUCAAUGCGGAUGAGAACAGUAUUACAGCUUUCCCAAAGGGUCUUACGAGCCUUGAGAAUGUGCGUCAUGUUGACUUUACUAGCAAUGAUAUUAAGGUUAUACCUCCCGAAGUGGCUCGAAUGGAGAGUCUCAUCAUGUUGCGAAUUACCGGAAACCCUCUCAAGGACAAGAAGUUCACAUCACUAACAACCGAAGAAUUGAAAGAUACAUUGGCGGCGAGGUUGGAGCCUUUACCUCAGGCCGAAAUAGGUGGGAUCGAGCAAUUCGGAAAUGGAUUUUCACUUGUCCCACCUUAUACUAAUGAUACAAAAUCGAAUGCUCUGGCUAAUGGCGACAACGAGGAGGGAGGGAGGUCAGACCCUGACGACUUUGCCACUCCACCAACCUCAGCGCCUCAAUCUCCAGCUCGCUCGCGGUCUCAUACUUUGAGCAGCCAGACAUGGCCUAUCAAACCUGGAGGUAUUCUUGAUCGUUCAAACACACAAUCAUCUUCGUUGCACCCGGUUGUCUGCUCUAAGAUCGCUGUAGUUCAUACUAUACGUGAUGUACAACUCCAGCACAAUACUUUUACCCAGUUCCCUAAUUCGUUAUCGUUUUUUACCGAUACAAUUACGUCUCUUUCGUUAGCAGAUAACCAGCUCACGGGUGAGAGUUGGUUGACGGAACCAAUCGACCUUACUGCUCUUCGAGAGCUCUCUUUAGCAUCAAAUUUUAUCACUAGUCUUACGCCACUUACUACAAACCUAUGUGCGCCGAACCUACAAAAAGCGGAUGUCUCCUUCAAUAGAAUAGUAAAACUCUCGGUUCUACGAGAAUUCUUCCCGAGCCUUACUAUCCUACAUAUAUCCAACAACCGCCUAGAAGACCUCGAUCCCGAGGCAAUCAAGGGAAUGAAAGUGGUGGAUGCUAGCAAUAACGAAAUUGCGCAUCUGAAUCCACGCAUUGGACUGUUAGGAGGCACCGGAGGCCUAGAGAGGCUGGAUGUGACGGGAAAUCGUUUUAGGGUCCCGCGAUGGAAUGUUCUUGAUCGUGGAACUGAUGCAACGCUCCGGUGGCUCAGGGGCCGUGUUCCCGUGGCCGAAAUGGCCGAGUGGAGAGCGAAAUCUGGUGAAGGCGAAGACGAUGCUUUGAACGAUGUUGACUAA